AUGCAGACUGUUUCAACCCUGCUGCUCGCAGCAGCCGGCGUGGCUUCCGCCUACGACUACUCGCAGGACGGCAACUAUGGGUCGCCGUUCCCUGACACGGUGCACCCCGGCUUCGAGUCGGAGGACCCGGUGACCAUCAAGGGAUCUCAGGAGUUCCAGGCCUCGCCUCCCAAGUACCCCUCGCCAUGGGGUGAAGGACUCGGCGACUGGGCUGACGCCUACACCAAGGCGCGCUCCUUCGUCAGCCAGCUCACACUGGAGGAGAAGGUCAACCUGACCACCGGCACGGGGUGGGAGACAGACAAGUGCGUCGGCCAGACGGGCGCCAUCCCCCGCCUCGGGUUCCGCGCCAUGUGUCUCCAGGACAGCCCCACGGGCGUCCGCGACGCCGACUUCGUCAGCGUGUUCCCGGCCGGCGUCAACGUCGCCGCCACCUGGGACCGCAGCCUCGCCUUCCUCCGCGGCCAGGGCAUGGGCGAGGAGCACGCCGGCAAGGGCGUCGACGUGCAGCUCGGCCCCGUCGCCGGUCCCCUGGGGCGGUCCCCCGAGGGCGGUCGCAACUGGGAGGGCUUCUCGCCGGACCCCGUGCUGACCGGCCAGAUGUUUGCCGAGAGCAUCAAGGGUAUCCAGUCCGCCGGCGUCAUGACGAGUGCGAAGCAUUACAUUGCCAACGAGCAGGAGCACUUCCGCCAGCAGCCCGAGUCCAACGACUUUGGCUGGAACAUCACGGAGCCCAACUCGGCGAACCUGGAUGAUGUGACGAUGCACGAGCUGUACCUGUGGCCUUUUGCUGAUGGCGUCAGGGCCGGGGCGACGUCGAUCAUGUGCUCCUACAACCAGGUCAAUAACAGCCAGGCAUGCCAGAACUCGUACAUCCUCAACUACCUGCUCAAGGGCGAGCUCGGCUUCCAGGGCUUUGUCGUCUCCGACUGGCAAGGCACCCACUCGGGUGUGUCUUCCGUGCUCGCGGGCCUCGACAUGACCAUGCCCGGAGACACCCUGUUCUCCACCGGAGACAGCUACUUCGGCUCCAACCUGACCAUCGCCGUGCUCAACGGCACCGUCCCGCAGUGGCGCCUCGACGACAUGGCUCUCCGCAUCAUGGCCGGCUUCUUCUUCGUCGACCGGCCCGUCGAGCGUGACCCCAUCAACUUCUCCUCCUGGACGCGCGACACGUACGGCCACGAGCACUACUACGGAGGCCAGGGCCCCAUCGUCCAGAUCAACGAGCACGUCGACGUCACGGCGAACCACUCUGCUAUCAUCCGCGAGAUCGGCGCCGCCAGCACCGUCCUGCUCAAGAACAGCGGUGUGCUGCCUCUGAAGGGCACCGAGCAACUGACGACCGUCUUUGGUGAGGACGCAGGUCCCAACCUCAACGGCCCUAAUGGCUGUUCUGACCGCGGAUGUGACAAUGGAACCCUUGCUAUGGCCUGGGGUUCCGGCAGUACAGAAUUCCCCUACCUGGUUACGCCCGACACUGCCAUCCAGAACUACGUCCUGGCCAACGGCGGCAACUACGAGUCUAUCCUGGACAACUGGGACCUCGACACCGUCUCUGCCCUGGCCCGCCGGGCCAACGACCUGAACGCACCAGCUAUUGUCUUUGUCAACUCUGACGCUGGAGAGGGAUACAUCGCAGUCGACGGCAACGUGGGUGACAGGAAGAACCUGACCCUCUGGCAGAACGGAGACGCCGUCAUCAACGCCGUCGCUGCUGAGAGCAACAACACGAUCGUGGUAGUCCACUCUGUUGGCCCAGUCAUCCUCGACGACUACGCCAACAACCCCAACGUCAGUGCUAUCCUCUGGGCCGGAGUGCCUGGCCAGGAGAGCGGCAACGCCAUCGUCGAUGUCCUGUACGGCAAGGUCAACCCCAGCGCCAAGCUGCCCUUCACCAUCGGCGCCAACCGCACCGACUACGGCACGGACAUCCUGUACACGCCCAACCACGACGUGCCGCAGAUCAACUACGUCGAGGGCGGCUUCAUCGACUACCGCGCCUUUGACAAGUACAACGUGACCCCGACGUACGAGUUCGGCUUCGGCCUGAGCUACACCACGUUCGAGUACAGCGACCUCAAGGUCACGGCCCACACCAACGUGUCCGAGUACACCCCGUCCACGGCCUACACCACCGAUGCCAAGACCUAUGGCAACUACAGCGCCGACCCGGCCGACCACCAGUUCCCCGAGGCCAUCAACGCCGCCCGCGUCAGCUUGUACUGCUACCCCUGGCUCAACAGCACCGACCUGAGCGCCGCGUCCGCCGACCCGGACUACGGCGCCGAGUUCGAGUACCCGGAAAACUCGCGGAACGGCUCGGCGCAGCCCGUCCCCAGGGCGGGCGGCGCCCCCGGCGGCAACCCGCGGCUGUACGACGUGCUCUACACGGUGGAGGCGACGGUGACCAACACGGGCGGCCUGGCGGGCGACGAGGUGGCGCAGCUGUACGUCUCGCGCGGCGGCGGGCACGAGCCCGUGCGCGAGCUGCGCGGGUUCGAGAGGCUGUCGGCGAUCCAGCCCGGCGAGUCGCGCACCUUCAGCGUGGGGGUCACCCGCAGGGACGUCAGCUCGUGGGACACGGCGGCGCAGGACUGGGUCGUGCGCGAUGCGGCCAAGACGGUCUGGGUCGGGCGGUCGUCGAGGGAUUUGCCGCUGAGCGAGGCGCUUGCUUGA